CUGCCUGCUACAUGCAGCGAAGACGCUGCGUGUCGUCGUUGGCGCAGCAUCCCGUCAAAAAAAUCAGACAGCGGACGUGCAGUAUGCAGCACGCGUGAAGAAGCUUCACAUUCCACUUCAUCUUCCCAUGGGCAUCGUCGCGCUCACAACUCGCGAUGUCGCGAAACGCGGGCCCGGGUCUGUACGAGUUCCUCAUGGAGGCGGAGCUGCAGCAGUACUAUCCUGGAAUCAAAGGUGAUCUGAAGGUGCAGAACACAUCGCAGCUGAAGUAUGUGACCGAGGACGACUUGUGCGGCAUCGGCAUGACCAAGCCGGAGAUGCGCCGCCUGAAGAAGUACUUCCAGAAGCACUUCCCUCAGAACUACCUGUCCAAGUUCAAAAAGAUGCUGCUGCCCAAGAAGGAGGAGCAGAUGCCGGGUAACCUGACCGUGCCGCCCGAGGAGAGGCAGGACAGACCUCCUAUACGGGUGCCCAACAAACACAUGAUACCCGCCGAUGCUAUCAUCGUCAACAAAGAGCUCGGCAUGGGCGAGUUCGGCGUGGUGCAGCAGGGCGUGUGGACGAACGACGGCGAGCGCAUCCAAGUGGCGAUAAAGUGUCUGUCGCGCGAGCGCAUGCAGAACAAUCCGAUCGAGUUCCUGAAGGAGGCGGCGAUAAUGCACUCGAUCGAUCACGAGCACAUCGUGCGGCUCUACGGCGUCGUGCUCGACACCAACUCUCUGAUGCUCGUCACGGAGCUGGCGCCUCUGCGCUCGCUGCUCGAGUGCCUCAAGGAGCCGAGUCUGCGCUCGAGCUUCCCGGUGCCGUCGCUGUGCGACUUCGCCGUGCAGAUCGCCGACGGCAUGCAGUACCUGGAGGCCAAGAGGCUGAUACAUCGAGAUCUGGCGGCGCGCAACAUUUUGGUCUUCUCCAAGAACAAGGUCAAGAUCUCGGAUUUCGGACUGUCGCGCGCCCUCGGCGUCGGCAAGGACUACUAUCAGACCAACUUCAAUGUCAACCUGAAGCUGCCGAUCGCUUGGUGCGCUCCCGAGUGUAUCUCUUACUUGAAAUUCACUUCGGCGAGCGACGUUUGGGCGUACGGUGUAACACUCUGGGAAAUGUUCAGUUACGGCUUCCAACCGUGGGCGGCGCUGACCGGCCACCAGAUCUUGAAAGCAAUCGACGAGCCGAACUUCCAACGUCUCGAGCAGCCCGAUUGCUGUCCAAAAGAUUACUACUCGCUGAUGAUCCAAUGCUGGCAGCACGAGCCGACAAAGCGACCGAAAUUUUCCGAGCUCAUUUGCCUGUUGCCUGACCUCAAGCCCGAGCAAGUGCAAGCGGUGCAAGACAACUCGGAGAUCGGUCAGCUGGUUUAUCGCCAAGGCGACGUGAUUACCGUGCUCGACAAGGGCAUCAGCAACACCAUGUGGAAAGGUGUGCUGAACAACGGCAAAACUGGAUUUUUCAACCCGGCUCACACAAUAGCCUACUUGGGCAACAACCUGCCGAGCAACAAGCCUGGCGAGUUCACCAGGGGUGACGGCAAGAAUAUCUUUUCCUCACAGAGAAAAUCGAAAAUACGCACAGACAUGAUCUCCUCGCCACAGGGAGAUCUAAAGCACACAGGUCACGUUGGUCUCGACGGCGCUUACUUCGGCGACAUAAGCUUUCUGGGCGGCAAGUAUCCGCAUCUACCCAGGCAGGUCGUCACUCCUUACAAGCCACAAGAGGACGCGACCGAUAAUAAUUCUAGUCAAGCCGGUCAAGACGUUAUGUUAAGAGGCCUCAAUCGCGAUAGCAACCGCGAGUCCGUCAGGGAUGGUCGGCAUGCACAGCGUGACACGCAAAGCAAACAUGCAGACAGCUUAUGGUCAGACACGUGUUCGGACAUAUCGCAGCUCGGCACAGCAGUGAACAACAUGAAUGCGUCGAUGGUGAGCAGCACAGACAGCAGUACAAUAUGCGGUGAUCACGAGUACCAUGAGAUCAGCGACGAGGAGAAUCAGGACAGUCCGUUGCGAUUCGACAAGCCAUUGAGCUUCGACUUUGGCCCGUCGCUACUCGACGAAAUGGACCAGAUGUUCCGCUCCUUAGGUACUUUAUCAAAGUCUAUGUUAUCGCGCGGAAAGAGGGAUAACUAUGUCAAGCUAAAAAGAUCGUCGCCACCACCUCCACCACCGCCACAAAGUCAUCCUGUACCUACGGAACACGAAUCGAGUAAUGCAAGAAACGAGCUAAGAGAAUUUCAAGCCAAACAAGGCAACAAGAAGAAACAAGCGACCGUGAGUCCUAUAAAUGUGAAACCAAUAUCGGCAGCCGAUCAGAAAACCCUGUAUUCGGCGAUCGCGAUGGCUCAGGAAUUAACAGCUCGUUCAAUGACGGAUCUCGAGCAACCUGCGUUACAGUCGCAUAGCGCGCAGGAGUCGCAUUCGCCUCGUACACCCGCAAGUCCCUCGUCGACGCGACGUCGCAAAUUUUCAUUCAAGUUGCCACACCAACACAGCCCUAAACCCGAUCGACGACACUUUGCCGAGGAAGCCGCCAGUAUACCUGACAUACAGGCAACGCUGUCAGACGAAGCCAAGGAAGUGUACAACAGUCUGAUUGAGAAUCCGGCUUGCACCUCGGCUAAUAUACCUGACAGUCCGGAUACGAAUCCUUUGAGAAUGCUGCGCUCCGGCUUACCUAUCGUCAGGCCGAGGGUUCGUGGCAAUAAACACUCGUCGAGUCACAGUGUUGUGUCGAAUGACGAUGAUCAUCAUCAUCAUCAUCAUCAUCAUCAUCAUCAUCAUCAGGGCAACGGUAGAAGUUUCCACUUUGACAGCCUUCACCAUCAUAGUUCGGGGGCUCGAACGUUACCAAAACUAAAGAUCCCCGCACCUUCGCAAGCGCCACCACCAAUUCCUCAAGGUUUCCUACACAGACACCACUCAAUGGAAAUCGAGAACAAUCGGAAUCAGGGCAACGUCGGCGAUGAGAAUCCAAUUCCAUUGCCGCCGCGCGAUCGAUCCAAGACAUUACAACCAAAGUCGAGUUUGCCAAGGCAUCAAAGGAAACAUCCGUUGAUCAUACCAGGUGACGGAGUUACCAGAACUUUGGCGAAAAUGCAAGCUGUUUCGAGUCCCACGAUCGAAGAUCAAGUGGACGGGUUUUCCGAAGUAAUGGCUAACAAUGCAGCUGGAGAAAUCUGUAGCUCGGAAGUGUCUGCGGAGCUUACAAUAAAUAGUCCCGAGGAAUUCGAAAGACGUAUCGAUUCCGAACUGGCAGCUCUCGAUUCGCUUUCGUUAGAUACAAACAGCAAACAGCGACAUCGCUGUAGCGAUAUAUCGGAAGAUCUUCUGGAAUUCUCAGAGAAUCUUAUCGAUUGCGAUGCAGCAGACGAGAGUGAAGAUAGUGCUACGGUUGCGGGAAGUCCUGCGCCAAAACUCAAAGAAGCUGGCCAGAACGAAAGUAUGACGAGGACCAGUGAUCAUGUUUCUUGUGAAGAUUUGUUGGACUUUGCCGACGGACCGAAUUUGAGGAGAACGAGGGGUCCAAGUAAUGGAGAAAGUUCGGACGAGGUAAGAACAAUGUUAAAAGUUCUAAGUUCCUGGAAUUCGAUGCCCGAAGACUGCGUGGCAGCGUUAAACGCCACCGACUGGGACGUCUUGACGGCCAUCAAAGUGGAAAAAGUGCACAGGAUAUUAAAGAAAGAGAAUAAUUUCGUUCCAUUGCGAGAAUGCAAGGAUAUGUUGAAUCAGUGCCAGGGUGAUGUCGAUAAAGCUGUCGCUUUGUUAAGGAAUACCGAGGAUACAGCUGCUGUUUAGGAUUUUUAAUUUUAUUUAACGUUUUGAUUGAGCGAUAUAUUUUAGUUUUUUUUUCUUUCCGAACUAAGAUUUAUAUGUUUAUAUUGAGUAGUGAAGGUUAAUUAAAUAAAAGUUUUUUCACCUGUAGAUUCUUUUGAGCGAAUUUUAUUGAUAAUUAAAAAGAAUAAAAGAAUUUUCAUUAAUCUUCACUUUUCAUUAUAAAAGUAUUUCAUGAAUGAGCUGCUCGAAAAAACUAUAAACAUAAUAAAAUUAUUAUACGUUUCGUAUAUAAUGUCAGUUAAAUGUGAAUUUACAAUACUCAAAGCAUGUUUUAUGUCCUAACAAUAUAUAUAUAUAUAAACAGACAAACAUCGCUCAGUCAGUGAAUUUUAUUUUAAUAUUUGUGAAAGUCUCGUUCAUUAAAAGCUAAGUCAAAUUUUAACGAUAAUGUUUUUUAUAUUUAUAUUGCAACAUAAUGAAUUUUAUAUUGUAUUUCCAACAUAACAUUGCCAUAACUAUACUUAUGUUUUGCAAUAUAAAUAUUUCGACAUUUUCGUACGUUGAGGUUGUAAUACGCAGUGAGCAAACGAACGGACUUACGUUGUUAAAAAUCAUUUGUGAAUGAAUUUUAUUUAUUGCACGGUCGAUGGUAUCUAAGCUUUCUAAUUUUCCUGACAGUGUACGAUGUAUACAAAUCGCGCACAACUAAAAAAAAGGAGAAGUAAUAUGACGCUAAAAUAUGAAGUGAUAUUCGGACGUUCAGGUGAGGCCUUUGUGUUUCUUAAGCUACCAAAUCCUAUGGAUUGUAUAUACGUUUAUCCAGGGUGACACGAAGUAAAAGAAAAUAAAAAAGUAGAGGUCUAAUUAAAAAGCCAAAUAGUUUUAACGUUACUUGUGUUCAGUUCAGUGUUUUUUAUAGUUUUUAUAAAAAUACGAUAUAGUCCAUUUUUGGAAAAAUUAGUCUAUGGAAAAAUUGUAAUAUAAAAGAAAAUUUUUUUCUUUGAAUGAAAUAUUUGUGCAAUGUAAUCAUACAAGGUUUUGAGAUUGAAAAGUGACGUUUGCAAUCAAAUUUUGCCUUAAAUUUUGUGCCAAUUUUUUCGAUAUUUUUGCUGAUUGUUGAUUAAUAAGCAGCUUUAAAUUGAAAGCUAACCAUUCGAAUCACAAUAAAUUUUUGGAAUUUUGGACGUAUUAAUCGUACUAUGGUACUCUCUAGCUAAUAUUGAUUUCAUCAACUAAGUAUUAAUAGAAUUGGUUAAAUAACAUUCAUAUAGAUUAGGACCUCUAUAAUAUAAUUAAAUAUCCAAAGUCCUCGUGAAGAUAAAAUUGCUUUUUCAGUAACAAAAUAGAAAACAAAAUAUAAUCUCUCAAGCAAGAUCCGCCGAUGUUGGUGUGUAAAUAAGCAGGUACAAUACAAAAAUGUAUUUUUCCUGUAGUAAUUAAAGGAGGACAUAUUUUGAAAACAAAUAUUUGACAGUAUAUUACUUUUUUGCCAGACUGAAUUUAAAAGAAUGAAGAAUUGCCUUUGUCGAACUAAAAUUCGUAGUCUAAUUAAAGAACAAAUUGAUCGAUCAAAAAGCUAUUUCGAUGAAUGUAGACAAUCGGCGAAUAUCGAUAAUCUGGAUGAAUCCUUAUAGAAUCAAUAACGUUGAUUUAUCAAAAAUGAAAAACAGAUUGUGUAAAUCACGACGAAACAUUUGACAUACAGUUUUGUGCGUCUCUGCCGUUAAACUAAUUUAUUUUAACUAAAACUAAAAUACACUAACGUAAAAAAAGCUCGAUGGCAAUGUAUACACGAUAUUGCUCGACGCUAGAAUCUCGUUUUUGAUAUGCCUGAAUUAAAUGUAAUAAUAUUUAUACGUCGAUAUUAUAAUAUAUAUUACUAUAUUAUCGUAACGACAAAAUGCGAGAAAGUUUUAUAUCUAUUGUAUUUAUCUAAUAUAUGCACAAUGCGUAUUAAAACCUUUUAAAAAU